AUGGCAAAAGCGACAUCACCGCCCGAUUCUCCACUCUCAUCCAUGGAUGAAUCCGACGCGUUCAAUGAUGAUGGCCACGACACCCCAGACCCCAUGCCGCCCGCGAAACGACAGAAACUCCAGCUAGACGUAUCAACCGCUUCCUCGGCUGUUGCCGGUCCAGACCCCAACGACCCAGCACUGGAAGGGUUAUCGCCCGUGUCGUCCGACACCUCUGGCGACAUACCCAGUUCUCCGGCACAUCACUCACACCACCCGCACCAUCUACGCCACGGCGAUACCGAUGAUGAUCUCCACGAACAGGUUUCAGUAUGUGCCUGGGGAGACUGUGACGCAGGCGACCUUGGCAACAUGGAUAGGCUGGUCGAGCACAUCCACAGUGACCACAUCGAGGGCAAGCAGAAGAACAAUUACAUCUGCGAGUGGAAGGGCUGCGGCAGGAACCGCCAGUUGCAUGCUAGCGGCUAUGCCUUGAAGGCCCAUAUGAGGAGCCACACUAGAGAGAAGCCUUUCUACUGCUAUCUACCCGAGUGCGAUCGCUCUUUUACCCGUUCGGAUGCCCUAGCGAAGCACAUGCGGACUGUCCACGAAACGGAGGCCUUGCGGCCCUCUGACCCAAUACCAAAGGCAAUGCAAGCUCAAACAGCCGCUAGCACAUCUACCAAGUCCGGCAAGCCGCUCACGAUUGUGAUCAAGACUCCACGGUCACAUGCGGCAGGUGCCAGGGACUCGGUCCUCGACCGCGAUGGCGCAUCCCCUGGCUCUGAAAACAGCCUCCAGUUCACAGAACUCACUUCAGAGCAGGGGUUCUCACCUAAGGAGCUCGCGAUGCCACUCCCUAAGCUUCACAAUCUCCUACGCUGCACGCUCAAGUGGACCGAGGAGGAGCAGCAGGAACUGCAGCGCGAGAUUGAGGCCGCCGAAACAGCGUACAAGAACGCUUGGCUCGAGAAGGAAGUGCUUCUGCACCAGGUCAUCCAAAACGAGAUCAACUGGCACGAGCGCAGACAAGCCGUACUGAGUGGUGUGGCCGACGUGCAGGCAAAGCCCGUGGCUGUGAACGGCACAGCUGCUGCCACCACAGCUGCUGCUGCCGACGAUGCCGAUUCUGUUGGUGGACUAACAGAAGAGGAAAUGGAGACGACCAUGCAAGACUAG